AGCAACUUUGACAUCUGUAACCAUACUCCAAAAGGUCUCUGUUCUGGACCUGCCCAAUUUUUUGUGGAUCUAAGGACAAAAAACACAGUUAAUCAGCAUGUUUUCAGUAAGAUACUGGGAAGCAGUGGUCCUCCUAAUGUUUCUGGUCACUAUCUUCACAGAGGCAAACCCACUGAGAAAGAGAUCCAUCAGUGAGGUACAGCUUAUGCACAAUGUCCGGGAACACAAACAAGUGGGAGACAGACAAGACUGGCUUCAGGAGAAGUUAAAGAAAAUUGUUGUUUCUAGUUCCAAACCUCAGCUGCCUGGAGAUUUGAAAAAUCUUUUGCCUAAAAAUGUUUUGGGGCCAAACACAAGUUAAAAAGUUAAGUUCCUUAAAGUUCCUUAAAGCUUACCAAAGAAUCUAAUGCUAAGUUGUUUUAUUUCCACACUUGUAAUGUGUGAAAAAAAAGUUUGUCU